AUGGAUAACGCGACUAGCCAGCUACUUCGUACAAGAAACACACCAUCGACACACCUGCGGCUGCAUCACCCCAGACCGCUGGAUGAGCUAACUCGUACCAAGCACUCGGUCGGGCUGCCACACGGCAGCGGUUGUAGUAGCAGCAGCAGCAGCAGCACGGCCCGCGGAAUGGGCGGAGGGGUGGGAGCGUGCAUGCCGGAGGCGAAUUCGGUACAUCAAGCACAUACGUACGGUGUGGAGGGAACGGGCGGUCCGACCGACCGGUGA